AAUCUUGAUUUAUUCCCUGAAAUCCUUCCAAAUUCCCCAAAUUCUCGAGUGUUGCUGCCAGCAAGUGCAAGCUGUUCGAUUCGGAGAGAUGAGUACUGGCGGCGAUCUCCUCGAUCUUCAGCCGUCGGAGCUGAGAUUCCCGUUCGAGCUGAGGAAGCAGAGUUCGUGUUCUAUGCAGUUGACCAACAAGACUGACAAACAUGUGGCGUUCAAGGUUAAGACAACCAACCCCAAGAAGUACUGUGUUCGUCCCAACAAUGGUAUUGUUUUGCCUGGGGCCGCUUGCAGCAUAACAGUUACAAUGCAAGCGCAGAAAGAGGCACCGCCUGAUAUGCAGUGCAAAGACAAAUUUCUCAUUCAAAGUGCCGUGGCACCUAACGGAGCAAUCACUAACGAUAUUACCCCAGAAACGUUUAACAAGGAGGAUGGGAAGGUUGUGGAAGAGUUCAGAUUGAAGGUUGUGUAUGUUCAAGCUAACCCUCCCUCACCAGUUCCUGAAGAAUCUGAGGAAGGAUCUCCCAGGACAUCUGUGGUUGAGGAUGGGAAAAAUGCUUCAUCAACUGAUGCUGUGACAAGAUCUCAGGUAGACACAAAAGAUAAAUCUUCCUCUGCAGAGACAUGGUCUUUGGUGUCCAAGUUGACAGAGGAGAGAGCUUCUAUUAUUCAACAAAAUCAGAAACUCCGUCAGGAAUUGGUUGAGGACCUUGUGAAAUGUAGUAGAACAGUCUCUUGCAGGUUUGAGGUACAGUCCUUUGACAAAUCCUUGGCAGUGCUGGAUGAUUUUCUUUCCACUGAAAGUGGUUUACAGCGGCUCCUUCAAAGGAGCUGGUGAGAAAAGAAAUAAGUAAAAGCCGCGGGAGUGGCUUCUCCAUGUUGUUUGUGGUGCUGGUUGGUCUCCUAGGCAUUCUAUUCGGAUACUUCGUUAAGAAAACAUAGGAGAUGCAGUGAAGGAGAUUGGUUUAGUAAAUUCAUUGUUUGGGUGCCAAUGUCAACCUUUGUUGGUAUCCCAAGUAUUUAGCAACUUGUGUAGACAUGCCCUUGCAAGUGUAAGAGAUGUAGGUGAGUGAUUAUGUAACGUUCCCUUUCCAACAACUCAUUUUAUUUGAUUUGCCUGCUGCGUUUGGACGGGGGUCACUCUGCCCCAUCGACUGAUACUAUGGAAUUUGGACUAUAGAAGAAGUUUGUAUCUUUUCUUCUA